ACAUGAACAACUGUGCCGACUGCCGCCCACGUAAGCAGCAAGUUGUCUGUUGCUGCCUGCCUACGGUGAAAUUAGACCUUUGGAUUUUGUCUUCAUGAGGGCCUAACUUAACUCCUUCAUUGUACGAGGAGGUCUCAGCGCAUUCAAAAAAACCUAGUGUCACGCUGCGACUCAUCGUACCUUACUCGGAGUGCCAUGGAGACCUCGCUGAAAACCUUCCAGGGUAACUGCCACUGUGGCGCGAAUCGAUACCAGGUCCAACUAGCAGACUAUCCGUCCUUAGUGAUAUGCGACUGUUCGCUGUGUGCAAGAAAGGGACACGUCUGGAUUUACGAUGUCGAGGACAGCUUGAAAGUCACAAAGGGAUGUUCUAGCGAGACGUUGACAACUUACACCGGAUCAGAUUCCGAGGCCUUGAAGCAUGAGUUCUGCAAUGUUUGCGGUACCACACUCUUCGGAACACACACUUCUGGCGUUCAAGCUGGAAAGAAAGGCAUCAACUUUCGGGUGAUUGUCUCCGAUUUUCAAGAUGUAUUCAUCAAGGGAAGAAGCGUCGUGACUAUCGGGGCCCCAGAUGAGUACUUGCCGUAUCCAGGCUCUCUAAGCUUCAUUGAAAAGGCAUCUACAUCAGCACCGGUUGAUUUCCGCGGUUUGUUGCCGGACGUUCCCGGGGACGACCUCACGCUCUACACCGGAGGCUGCGACUGCGGUGCCAUUCUGUGGGACUGUGGAUACCUGAGGCAGUGGCUGGUCGCGCUCAGAAGCAAGUCGCCUUCUGAAGUUGAGAUCAAAGAAGACAACUGCAGCAUCUGCGUCCGUAAUGGCUUUAUUGGUGUGUAUCCUCAUCAGUCUCAGGUGGGUAUUGUCGGCAAAGACCAUACGCAAGACUACCAAUUUGGCCGCAAAUUCAAUGGGUCGCCCUUUUGUCGCACCUGUGGCGUACACUGCUUUGGCAACCUGUAUGGGCCGCCAAAAGAGCUGGUGGCUAUACUCCCUGCGGCAAGACAGGAGUUUGUGCAAAAACAACUCGAGGUUCAGCCGCUGAAUGUUCGUGUUCUUGAAGGCAUCGAGUGGCAUAAUGUCAAUGUGGAUUGGAGUAAUGACGGAACGGAAGGCUAUGGUCUAUCUGAUUGA